GUCAACAAUAGACGAGCUAUGAAAGUGCUGGAACUCAACAAGGUAGUCACCGAGUGUGUUUCCAUCUACCACCAGUCCACCCAGACCACUCUCUUGGUCGCACAAAUCAAGGUGAAGCGUGAUCUUUUCGCUGGGAAGAUGCGAGAGACUAACCAGUUGCUGCACCAACUGGAGGAACGUUUCAAAGUGUGCAAGACUAAAGUGGACGAUCUCAAGGCUAA